AUGGCCGGUAUGAUCAUCGACGCCGAGUUGCUGAUCGCUGCUGUUGAGCAGCGGCCAGCUUUAUGGAUGGCCAGCCACCGACAACACAAGGAUAAGUAUGCCAAGGCGGCGUUAUGGAGAGAGGUUGCGGCCGCCGUCAUGCCUGGUGUGGGCAUUGAAGAAGCCGUCGAACUUGCCCAAAAGCGAUGGAAGUCGCUACGGGACAAGUUUCGGCGUAUCUUCUUUGCCCACAAGAAUCGGCAGAGGCGUGGUGCAGGCCAAGAUGAUGUUGAAUCGGGGGACAGCACGUGGCCAUUUUUUGACCUGCUGCUCUUCCUCAAGGACACCAUGCAGACAAGGGUGACAUCGGGCAACUACACCAACAGCGAGGCAAGCCCAGCAAGCCAGCCAGUCAGCCCAGCAAGCCAGAUGUCGAGGCCUGCCAGCCAAACAAUCAGGCCUGCAAGCCAACCAGUGGGGCCUCCAAGCCCAGCUGCUAGCUCGCAGCAGACUGCACAGGAGCUCCUUGGGAAUAUAAUGCAAUUUGAGGACAUUGAUAGUGAAGUAUUAUUAGAGAGCUCUAGAGACGCGACCUUUCAAACACCCUCCCGGGCACCAUCGCCAUAUUAA